AUGUUUGGACCAAAGGCUUGGAUCUGGGCGACUAUCGCCGUGCCCACCCUGGCGGCGAAAGCCUCGGUGAACCUGGGUAAUGGGUUUGAUUUGACUGUCGACAAAGACUCUAACCACCUGUCUAUUGCUCGUGGAAACAGCUCCAUUUGGGAGACUGUCGCUGGAAAGCCAUUCCUGAGUGCCUCCUCUGGAGUUGACGAGGUCGUCGGCGCAAGUGGUGCAUUCAACAUCACCGAUGUUGAUAACGACAAGUGCACCGACCAGCACAUUCGUCGUGUUACUCAGUCUGCUUGGAGUGGUAGUGUCAACGACAAGGCUGCCGUCGUGGAAGGAACUCUUUCUGGUUGUGGUGACGAGUCGGUUGACUUCAAAUUUGCUGUCUGGGUGCCUGCUGAGCUGUCAGACCGUAUUGCUUUCCAUAUCGACGUUAAACCCGGUUCCUCCAAGGAUGCCGCCACCAAGCUGUUCCUCACCUACGCCUCAUCAAAUUCCGAGGACUUCUACGGACUGGGUGGCCAGGGUUCCUUUGCCUCGAUGAAGAACCAGGCUGUUCCAAUUUUUUCGCGUGAGCAGGGUGUUGGUCGUGGUGACCAGCCUACCACUGAUCUGGAGAAUGCGGAUAGCUACUUCUCUGGUGGUGACCAGUUCACCACCUAUUCCGCUGUUCCUCAGUACAUCUCCUCCCUCGCCCGUGUCUUUCACCUCGCCGAGGAGAGCACUGCCUACACCAAGUUUGACUUCAAGGAUCUGAAGGCUGUCACCGUGCGUUAUGCGGCUCUGACCGUCGACGGUUACAUCAUCCAAGCUGAAAACAUGCUGGAUGGUAUCACCAAGUUGACUGAGUACACCGGAAGAAUGGCCGAGCUUCCCCGUUGGGUGGACACUGGUGCCGUUCUCGGUAUUCAGGGUGGUCAGACUAAGGUGAACAAGAUUGUCGACCAGGGUCUGAAGCAGGACUGCCCUAUCGCCGCCGUCUGGCUCCAGGAUUGGUCUGGUACUCACUCCCAGAGUGUCUCCUACAUGUCUCUCACCGUCUCCCGCCUAUGGUGGAACUGGGAGUCCGACGAGAAGCUCUACCCAACCUGGAAGAAGUUCGUCCAGGACCUCCGCGAUCAGCACAACGUCCGCACUCUGUCUUACAUCAACCCUUUCCUCGCCAACGUGAGCACCAAGCCCGACGGCUACCGCCGCGACCUCUUCCUUGAGGCCAGCGAGAAGGGAUACAUGAUCCAGAACGCCACUACCAACGACACAUCCAUCGUGUCCAGCGGUCCCGGUAUUGAUGCCGGAAUUGUCGAUCUCACUAAUCCCGCCGCUCGCAGCUGGUUCCGCGAUGUUCUUAUUGACCAGGUCUUCAGCGCGAACGUCUCGGGCUACAUGUGUGACUUUGGUGAAUACACCCCCGUUACCAAGGACACCCGUUUUUACAACAAGAGCAUCGAUCCGAUGUUCUACCACAACCAGUAUCCCCGCGACUGGCCCAAGCUGCACCACUCACUCACCAAGAGCAUCUCGAGCUUCAAGGAGUCUAUCCUCUUCCAGCGCUCGUCCGCUCUGGGAUCUCAGCGCUACAUGAACCUCUACUGGGCCGGUGACCAGAACACCAACUGGGGCCUGAACGACGGAAUCAAGUCCUCCAUCACUGUCAUGGGCCACAUGGGUCUUUCCGGCUUUGCUCAUGGGCACGUCGAGAUCGGUGGAUACACUACUACUUGGCUCGAGGGUGGGGUUGUCAACCGUACCGCCGAGCUCCUGGGUCGCUGGGGAGAAUUGUCCGCCGUUUCUAGCGCUGUCUUCCGCUCGCACGAGGGAAAUGUCCCCGAAUUGAACGCUCAGUUCUACUCCAACUCCACCACCUACGCUUACUACGCGUACAAUGCUCGCAUGUUCCGCAGUCUGGCGACUUACCGCCGCAGAAUCUUGGAUACCGAGAGCAAGAAGCUUGGCUGGCCUUUGCUUCGUAUGCCUGUCAUCUACCACCCUAAUGAUGUCAAGGCGAAGAGCAUUAGCUAUGAGAGCUUCUAUCUUGGUGCUGAUCUGUAUGUUGCUCCUGUUGUUGACUCUGGUCGCACUAGCGUUGAGGUCUACCUGCCUGGCAAGGAGACUUUCACCCACGUUUGGAGUGGGAAGAAGUACGAGGGUGGCCAGACUAUUCGUGUUGCCGCUCCUUAUGGUAAGCCUGCGGUCUUUGUGGUUGGCAAGCCCCAGCAUAAUGAUCUCAAGGACUUCCUUGAGUUUUCCCGCAAGGAGAAUAGCACCGUCAUUCAUGUUUGA